GCUGAGUCUACAGAAAGUUCACUUUCCUGUUUCAGCUGCUGGUGAAGGAAUCGAGGGAAGGCGUCGUACGGAGGACGGUUACACAGGGCGAUGGACGUAGGAGCUCAGUCGUAGUAGCAGGUGACAUCUCCUCGCUGCAGCAAUCCCCCCGAGGAGAGAUCAGACAGGAACUUGUGCUGAGGCCAAGAAAUACACAAGAACGCCUCGCUCACUGCUCUCCUCCUCGCUGCUCAGGAAGAAAGAUGGAGCCUGCAAUGAGGAGCCUUCUGUCAGAUAACAGCAGAUACGUCGAGUCCUUCCGCCUCUUCCUUAAGAAUUCCACCGAGCACCAGUGCAUGCAGCAGUUUAUAGAGACCACGCUGCCGGGCGUCGUCUCCAGCUUAGGAGAUGGAAAGACGACCAUCAAUGUCCUCGGAGUAGGAAGUGGUUCAGGUGAAAUAGACCUAAAAAUCUUCUCCAAAAUACAAGCUCGAUAUCCUGGAGUCCCCAUCCAUAGUGAUAUUGUUGAGCCAAGCCCAGAGCAGAUCCUCAGCUACAAGGAGCGCGUGGCCAAGACCCCAGGACUUCAAAACAUAAAUUUUAACUGGAUCAAGAAAACAUCUUCUGAGUUUGAGCUUCAAGUAAAGGAGGAAAAGUCAGAAAGAAAGUAUGAUUUCAUCCAUAUGAUCCAGAUGCUGUACUACGUAAAAGAUGUGCCAGCAACACUGACCUUCUUCAGGAGCCUAUUGGCACCAAAUGGAAAACUCCUUAUAAUACUUGUAUCCGGAAAUAGCGGGUGGUCUACCCUAUGGAAGAAGUACGGAUCCCGCUUGCCCCUAAACGAUCUUUGCCUGUACGUCACGGCGGGCGACAUUGCAGACAUGCUGAGAUCAAAGGGCGCCAAGCAUCAGACUUAUGAGCUGCCCUCUGACAUGGACAUCACGGAAUGCUUCAUCGAUGGGGACAGGAACGGGGACUUGUUGUUAGAUUUUCUCACAGAGACCUGUGAGUUUAACAAAAAUGCCUCUCCCGAGCUGAGAGAGGAAAUAAUUCAAGAUCUCAAGAGCUCGGGGUGCAGUUCUGUAAAAGAUGGGAAGAUCAUUUUUAAUAAUAAUCUCAGUGCUAUAGUGGUGGAGAGUGGCUAGGUAUGAGGAAAACCAAGUGAAUCCACGUGUCUGGUCCAAAAAUUUUCUAAAAAAUUGUCCAAAUCUAAAUUUUUUUUAUGCCACAUAUACAAAAAUCACCAGGUCAUCCCUUUUGAUAUUACGGGGAACAUUCGUGAAAUUUAGGAUCAAGGCAGGAAAAGCUUGGGUGUUAUUGAGGCAGUUCCACAGUCUAUGCUAAAUUUUUCCUUAUUUUUAGGGAGGGGGGGGGGGAGUUUGUGCAAAGGAAAAAACAUACUACCUCUCCACACCACAGUUUACUCAAUCAUCGGCCAUUUCCCAAACCAUACAUUUCAAAAAGAGUGCAAGUAUGACCAGUUUACGUCUAUGGGGACGGAUCACAGGACUCUUUCCAAUAGGUAAGAGUCCCAGGGGGAUAUGCUUUAAUUGGCAGAUUGAAAUCCCCUUUAAAGGGGUUGUCCAGCACCUCUCUCAAAGCCCAGUGGACAGACACUGCACCACUCCAGGCAGCACAAUUGCCAAUCUGACAUACUACUGCACGCCGGGCAGGACAGAUGCCAAGGUAAUGUUCUAACAUCUACAAAAUAUUAUGCAUACUGUAUGUCCUAUCAGCGGCAUUCAGUUAUUUAUUUUUUAUAUUGGACUCCAGGUGGCUUAAAUGCUAUCACUGACCUCCCUGCACUGCCGCUCUGAUGAUGCUUUGGUCCCCUCUGCUGUCCUUCACUUCUUGGUCCCGGCUUGACACCCUGGAAUUGCCAAAAAAGGCCGGUCACUUAAGGAGGCUGGUCACCACUAUGGCCAGUGAUUGGCUGAGUGGGCCUUUCCAGUGUAUUGAGCUGGGACCAGUAAGUGAAGAGCAGCAGGGACUACAGCAGCAUCAGAAUGGCAGCAAUGGGGGAUUGAAGAGUAAAUUUAGGGCUCUUUCACACUUUCUGAUCAGGAUGCAUCAGGAUGUCUUCAGUUCUGGAACGGAACGUUUUUUGGCCGGAGAAAAUACCGCAGCAUGCUGCACUUUUUGCUCCGGCCAAAAAUC